CUUUGCCAAUACGUUAGCCUGACAAGUAUUAUGGAUGAUCCAUGGGCAUGACAAACUGUACCACAGCCAACGGAGGAAGCGCGUGAAGACAGCGCAGAUAUCCGUUUCGGCUAUCUCUAAGCCAACCAACGCAGAUAUGCGACUUGCUAUUCAAGCUCUACGAUAUGGGGCGCGCGGGUGUUCCCUUCUAUUUCCAUCCUAUUGGGUUCUAAAAAGAAGCAUAAGAACAUCCGCAGCGUGGUUGCUUCCAAUGCCUGCUUUGCACCAAUCUUUACUUACAGCAGAGCAGAAGGCUGCAGCUGCACAUGCUAUCUCAGGAUCAUCUGGUCUCGUCUCGCCCCCCUCCUUUCUGGUGCACUUCGCCGCAUCGCACCGCCCUUCGAUACUCAAUCAUCUUAGCCACCACACCACAGCCAAUCGAGCAGUAAUGAAUCAGCCAGCUCCUCGAUCAUCUAAUGAUCACGCCGACGCAGAUUGCACAUUACCUCCACGCCCAGCUAGUAACAGCUAGCAGGGUAGCCAGUCAUUGCGGGCGAUGGUUGGAAUGCUGCCUGCGUCAGUGACGCUUAUAACUCCACUGUCGGGCGUAGCAGCGUCGCCGCUCAGCCUGCUGUCAGUUACUGCUGAUCGAGUGUGACUUCACAGCGAUAGAUCCUCCUCUACGAGCACAUCGAUUGUCAUCAAGACUACCAGAUAUCUGUUCGUAUUUCAUCUCUGGAAAAACCCACUA